AUGUCUUUUCUCUUUGGGGCUAAUCAUUUCGUGAAUGUAUUUGCUAAGUUGUAUUCUCUCAGGUAUAUAUUAGACUCACCUCCAUUUUCCCCCUCUCUCAAUCAUUUUGGUACCUCAUCCUCAACCUCUUCCUCUUUUUCUCUCCCACUUUCUCUAUCACGUACCUCCUCUCUGAUGUCUACUCGUAAUCUCUCUCCUGUUUGUCACUCCCCACCUCUCGUGUCUAUUCUUGCUCUAAAUUGUAUCUACUCGUCUCGCCUCCCUCUGUCUUUCUUUCUCUCUUUCUUUCUUUCUUUCUCUUUCUCUCUGGUGCCUAAUCCUCUUCCCUUAUGCUCUCCACUUCUCUCUCUCUCUCUCUUUCUCUCUCUAUGGUAUCUCCUCCCCCUCUCUCUGGUGUCUGUUCUUUUCUUAUCUUCUGAUGCACACUGCUCUCCCUCUCUUGUGUUUCAUCUCUCUCGUCCCACCUCUCUCUACAGCUUAAAAUCCUAUCUCUGGUGUUUAUUUGCUCUCUCUCUCUCUCUCUCUCUGGGUUAA